GCGCAACUCAGGCUAAAGCAAAGAGCCAGGGCUGCCAAUGCUGGGCAGGGCUCAACGCAGCUCAGGCUGUCUGUCGAGGGCAUCGAUGCCAGCCGCCCGGUGCCUGCGGGAAGAAAGGGGCCCCCUCACCUCCUGUCAGGGCUGCCACUGCAAGGGUACUGCUUGGGUGGGGAGGCCUAUUGUCCCUGGUCUCUGCCUGGGCCGGUGUCAGCCGCCCCAUGGAGCCCUCCUCCCGUCUCCCGGCAGCAACCUCCCUCUCUCCCCCGGUGGAUUUUGUCCUGGGGGCCACGGCGUGCUGCCUGGCCUGCGUGUUCACCAACCCUCUGGAGGUGGUGAAGACACGCCUGCAGCUGCAGGGGGAGCUCCGUGCCCGGGGCUCGUACCCCCGCCACUACCGAGGGGUGCUGCAGGCGAUGGUGGCCGUCCGGCAGGCCGACGGACUGCGGGGUCUGCAGAAAGGACUGGCGGCCGGGCUGCUGUACCAGGGGCUGAUGAACGGCGUGCGAUUCGGCUUCUACUCCCACGCUGAAAGUAUCGGCCUGACCCAGCAUCCGGGAGGGACCUUGGCAGCCGGAGCUGUGGCCGGGGCACUGGGGGCCUUUGUCGGCAGCCCAGCCUACUUGAUCAAGACGCAUCUGCAGGCACAGACUGCGUCCGCCGUGGCCGUGGGACACCAGCACAACCAUAAGAGCAUCUCCGGGGCCUUUGAGGCCAUCUAUAAGCGGCAGGGACUGCUGGGUCUGUGGCGUGGUGUGAGCGGAGCAGUGCCUCGCGUCACGGUGGGCUCCUCAGUACAGCUGGCCACCUUUGCCUCUGCCAGGGAGUGGGUGGCAAGGCAGCAGUGGUUCAAGGAAGGCAGCUGGUUGGUGGCCCUUGCCGGGGGAAUGAUCAGCAGCGUGGCAGUGGCCGUGGCCAUGACUCCCUUUGAUGUGGUCAGCACACGGCUCUACAACCAGCCGGUGGAUGAAAGGGGCAUGGGCAAGCAUUACCGCGGCUUCUUCGACUGCGUCGUGCGGGUCUCGGGGAAGGAAGGCGUCCUGGCUCUGUAUAAAGGCUUCGGCCCCGCUUACCUCCGCCUGGGACCUCACACCGUUCUCAGCCUUCUCUUCUGGGAUGAGCUGAGGAGGUUCACCUACUGGCAGCAAGGUACCUGAAGACCCCAAGCUGCUCGGGACCCUCCAGCCCCAGAGAGAGCCGGACUGAGGAGAAGGGAUGGGAGAGCAAACCUCCUUUUCCCAGCUGGAGCACCAGGAGGUUCGUCUGCUGCAGAUGUGUCCAGUGACAGCGGCCAGAGAAAGAAGGACACCGCAGAACCCGUUACAACUUUCAAGCAAAGUUGAAGCUUCAACCACUGUCCAUUUGGGGGGGGGGGUCCCAAAUUCACCACCUGAGAAAGGACUGUUCCAAGCAGACUGCAUUUUACUCCUCCCCCCCCCCCCAGGAUUCGUUACACACACACACACACACACAUACAGACUUGAUUUACACUCCAGGCUCAGAAUCAGAAAGGCCAGUGCCAGAGGUUGAGGAGUGGCGAGCGCCUCUCCCUCUUCAAGAGUCCGCAGUGGCUGCACUUGGGCUGAAGACUCUGGUUUUUCCCACAGAAGAGGGAGAUUAGGUAAAGCAAGAAAGGAAGAAGAGAGAGAGGGAGAAAGGAGGGAAAGAGAGAAAAAAGUAAGA